AAGAACGAAUGUUCCAUGUACACAUCUGCUUUUUUACAUGCAUCUUAUAGCUUUCUCUCUCACACGCAUCUUGGAUCAAUUCUGUACAAUGAACAGAAAUAUAAUGUUAUUGACAAUACAAAUAUCCAUUGCAAUGUAUCAGUUAAUGCUCAAUGUACUCUGCAGAGUUAUGAUAGUAUUCAAUUGUCGAAAUGCCAAACAUCUCCAAAGGUUAUAUCUUCUGUCAUAUUGGAACACCAGACUCAGCUACGAAAAUUGAAAGAUUAUUAUAUGUUGUCAAUAGUGAACUGUCCACACUUGACUCCACCUUUAGCUACACCUAGGAAAGCUCGAAGGGCUUUGCAGCUAUCAAACAAUAACAACGAAAAAUAAAAACUGCA